AUGCCAACUUACGAUAAAGCUAUCACUAUUUUCGCUCCAGACGGAAAUCUCUUCCAAGUUCAAUAUGCUUUCGAGGCUGUUAAUCGUGGAUCUGCCACUGUUGGAGUUAAAGGUCAAGAUUGCGUUGUAUUAGCUGUAGAGAAAAAGACAACUGCUGCUCUUCAAGAUCCCCACACAAUCAAGAAAAUACUCUAAGUUGAUCAACAUAUUAUGCUUACAUUCGCUGGGCUAUAAGCUGAUGCUAGAGUUUUGGUUGACAAAGCAAGAGUUGAAUGUCAAAGUUUCCGAUUCAACCUCGAAGAUGAGCCAUCUCUUGAAUAUAUUGCUCGCUUCGUUGCUGAAACCCAACAAAAAUAUACUCAAAAAGGAGGUGUCAGACCAUUUGGUAUUUCAACUUUCAUGAUCGGCUAUGAGGGCAAAGAGCCAAGACUCUAUCAAACAGAACCCUCAGGUGCUUAUUCUCUAUGGAAAGCUAAUGCCAUUGGUCGCAACUCCAAAAAUCUAAGAGAAUACUUAGAGAAAAACCACAAGGAUGGAAUGAGCAAUAACCAAGCUAUCAAACUCGCAGUUGAAGCAUUGUUAGAGGUAGUUGAAAGUUCAAAGAACAUUGAGAUAUGUUUAAUGACUGGCCCAAAGUAAUUUCAAACUCUUGAUGAUGAGACAAUCGAUAAAUUUGUUAAAGAGAUUGAGAAGGAAAGAGAAGAGGAAACUGCUGCCAAAUAACAAUAGCCUAAAUGA